AUGGUUCAUAUGAAAUGCGUUUGUUUUCUUCGGCCGAGUGAAAGCAGUUUGGAAGCCUUGGGCGAGGAAUUGAAGGAGCCCAAGUACGGCGAAUAUUAUCUGUAUUUCAGUAACACUCUGAGUAAAGUUGCAAUCGAGCGGCUUGCUGAACAAGACGAGUAUGAAGUCGUCAAGGAAGUACAGGAGUACUUUGCCGACUAUGCCCCCGUACUCCCAUCACUAUUCUCAUUGAACCACAUCCCCAAGGCCUCAUCCUCAACUUCGGCUGACGGAACUCCUCUGCCAUUCUCAUCAUCAGGGCCUUUAUAUGGACCCAACCCCAACUCAUGGGAUCCUGCUGCUCUCGAGCGUUCGGUCCAAGGGAUAUGUGCUGUCCUGCUGAGCUUGAAGAAGAGGCCCAUUGUUCGAUACGAACGCAUGAGCGGAAUGGCCCGCAAACUUGGGGGCGAGGUUUUACGUCGAAUCCAGGCUGAGCCAGCGCUUUUCGAUUUUCGUCUCACUCAGGUCCCGCCGCUGUUACUUAUCUUGGACCGAAGGAAUGACCCUGUUACUCCCCUUUUGACGCAAUGGACCUACCAAGCAAUGGUUCACGAGCUUUUGGAGAUUCAACCUGGAGGACGAGUCGAUUUGAGCAUGGUUCCGGAUAUCCGGCCAGAGCUUCAGCAAAUAACGUUGACACCACCCACUGAUCCAUUCUUCGCACAAAACCUGUUCGCCAAUUUUGGAGAUCUUGGUGCCACAAUUCAAGAGCACGUAAAGUCUUAUCAAGCCAAGACAGCGUCGCAGGGUGCUAUAGAGAGCAUUGCGGACAUGAAGCGAUUUGUGGAGGAAUAUCCUGAAUUUCGGAAGCUUGGAGGGAACGUAAGCAAACAUGUCGCAGUGGUAGGCGAGUUGAGCCGGCUCGUCGGUCGUGAUUCAUUGCUGGAUGUUAGUGAGGUUGAACAAAACCUAGCUGGGAGGGAUAACCAUGCCGCGGAUUUCAAGGCAGUGAUGGAACUCAUCCAGAAACCGGGGGUCCAGUUAUAUAACAAAAUUAGGUUGGGUAUAAUAUACGCGCUAAGAUAUCAGAAGAGUGCCAAUCAAACUGGUGCUGUGGUCGAGGCGCUGAUUAAGGCUGGUGCAAGCGAACACGACGCCAGCUUGGUCCAUGUUUUACUUAACAUCGCGGGUGCCGACCAACGGCAAGACGAUUUACCCCAGGACGUGAUCGUGUUUAUCAUCGGCGGAACGACCUACGAGGAAGCACGAGCUGUAGCUUUGAUGAACCAGGACCCGGCGGUCGUAGGAACUGCAUCUUCGGGAGCGACACGAAUCUUGCUUGGUGGUACAUGCGUGCACAAUUCUUCCAGUUUCUUGGAGAUGAUAUCGCAUGCCGCCGAAGCUUUCCCACCCACAGUCUAUGCUCCGCCACCUGAAUCGACUGGAGGAGCUGGUCCAUCAUUAAACCUUAAUUUGGGCGGCCUCAACGUCAGCGUCGGCGGAGGAGGUACUGGAAUUUUCCGGGCACCGCCCUCGGCUGCUGGUGGGUCGAUCGUAAGUGUUGAUACCGGGGGAACUGGAACAGUGGACGAUGGAUUACGAGAAGUGAGAGAUGGUGUCCGGAAUUUCUUUGACAAGGUCAAGCAGGGCGUGGAUCGAAUGGGAGACCAGCUCAAGUAG